UGCUUUGGUGCUUUGUCUGCUGUCGCUUCCGUAGCGGAUCAUGCGUUUAGGCGACGCCUAGAGUUUGUCCAGUUACAUAUUAAUUAAUUAAUUCAUCGAAACGCCCCCGCCCUUUAAACUCACUAUAAUAAAUAAAUAAAUGACAAUCUUGGAAAUUCUAAACUCAACCCUUUAACCCCUCACACUCGGCUAUCAAAGCAUUUUGGCGGCAUCCUACCACCACUCUUCCAGACCUUCUCUACUCCCGUCUCAAACGCUACUCUCUCUCUCUCUCUCUCUCUCUCUCUGAGCAACAAUCAGCGAUGGGAGCCUUGUGUAACCAUGAUAAGCUCUCAAGCUUCACGUCCGCCCACGACCGCAGAUUCUCCAAGCACGUUCACGACAACGUUCACGGCAACAUCUAUCUCGAUCCGCUCUUUAUGAAGUUUAUUGACACUGAAGAGUUCCAGAGACUUCGAGAUCUGAAGCAACUAGGUGUAGCACACAUGGUCUACCCAGGGGCUGUACAUUCUCGGUUUGAGCAUUCACUAGGUGUUUAUUGGCUGGCGGGGGAAGCUGUUCAUAAACUUCAAGCUUACCAAGGAUUGGAGCUUGGAAUUGACCCAUUUGAUAUACAGACAGUAAAACUUGCUGGGCUACUGCAUGAUGUGGGCCAUGGACCAUUCAGCCACACGUUUGAGCAGGCAUUUCUUCCCCGGGUUCUUAAUGGCUCCAAAUGGUCUCAUGAGGAAAUGUCUCUGAAGAUGAUAGACCACAUCGUUGAUGAACACAAUAUUGAAAUUGAUUCUGAAAGCCUUAAGAAAACAAAGGAAAUGGUAGUUGCUGGCUCUGAAUAUGCUUCAUCGGAAAGCAUGAAAGAGAAGCGUUUCUUAUAUGAUAUUGUUGCAAAUGGUCGAAAUGGAAUAGAUGUUGACAAGUUUGAUUACAUUGUUCGUGAUUCCAGGGCUUGUGGUUUAGGUUGCAAUUUUGAGUUUCGUAGGUUAUUGGAGACGAUGCGAGUAAUAGAUGAUGAGAUAUGCUAUCGUGCUAAGGAAUAUCUUACAAUCCACAAGUUAUUUGCCACUCGUGCUGAUCUGCAUCGAACAGUCUAUAUGCAUGCAAAAGUAAAGGCAAUAGAGCUCAUGGUGAUAGAUGCACUGUUAAAAGCAAAUGAUCAUCUUAAGAUUUCAUCCUUCAUCGAUCAACCAGCAGAAUAUUGGAAGUUAGAUGACUCAAUAUUAAAAACCAUUGAAACUGCUCCUGACCAAGAGCUGAAGGAAUCUAGAGAUUUGAUCCUACGGAUUCGGAGAAGGGAUCUGUAUCAGUUCUGCAAUGAAUUCUCUGUUCCAAAGGAUAGGCUGGAGCACUUCAAAGACAUCACUCCCCAAGAUAUUAUUUGUUCUCAGAAAAAUAGCAGCAUUACUCUAAAAGAAGAUGAUGUUUCUGUGAGCAAUGUCAGGAUUAACUUGACACGUGGGAGGAACAACCCUCUGGAAAGCAUCAAAUUUUUCAAGGAUUUUGAGAGUGAUGAGAAGUUCCCCAUACAAGAUGAUCGCAUCAGUCACUUGCUGCCUGCAGGUUACGAAGAUAGAAUUGUGAGGGUGUACUCUAAAAAGCCUGAACUGGUGGAAGCAGUUUCUGAGGCCUUUGAAAAUUUUCAGCUAAAGACAUAUAGAAUGAAAGCCCAAGUACAUGACACACCUGAGAAGAAGAAACGCAGAAGUUUCCAGAUUUGGAGAUGACAGACAAAUAUAACAAAGGAAUUCCAUGGACAAUUGUAGGAGUAUAAAUCUUCCCCAACAAUGUGAGUGCACUAAUUUUGCUUAACCUCUCUCAUGUAGUGACACUGUGACAGUUAAUAGUGGCUCCAAUGAUUUGAUUGAUGAAAUUUGUUUGUUCCCCACAUAUAUUAAUGACACUGUCACAACCUUAUUUUCAAGCAUUCAUGAGCCAGAGGGAAGUUCCAAAUUGGCUUCUGGUUACCUUCUCCA